UGUGCAGAGGGGAGACAUUUUGACGCGACAGUCAGCCUGCGAUCCAGCUUCUCGCCCACGGACGCUGACGUCUAGCAACGCCACAAAAAAUGUUUCGGUUUCGUUUCGUCAGUAGCAGAUGAAACGAUCUGUUGCUGUUACACGCAGUUAAAAUAGACCCAGUUGCGGUCGCGCCGUGUUACGGAGCGAGAAUGAGCGUUCAGAUCGCCGGAAUGAUCUGCGCCCAUGGCGGGGCUAUAGACUACGAUGAUUUGCCCGCUAGUGUCAGAUUUAACACUUGUGUCUUAAAUGACUCUUCUGACAGUUUCCACAUUGUUGUUCUCAACGGGAGGAAGAGAGUGAUCGCCAAAACAAACGUCAGACUCUGCAAAGCGAGAGCGUGUGAUAACUGCAGUAACUUGCAUCUGUGCAAAUUCUACCUAUUUGGAGACUGCAAGAACAUUAAAGAAAGGGGACGAUGCCGUUUUUGCCAUAACCUGAGCAUGGAGCACAACAGCAGAGUGCUUCAAGAGCACAGUCUGCAGGGACUGGACCGGACCCAGCUGUGCACCUUGCUGCUUCAGAAUGACAGCGCACUUCUGCCACCUCUGUGCUUUCUGUAUAACCAAGGCAGCGGGGAGUAUGGAAACUGCAAGCAACAGGAUAGCUGUACAAAGCUCCACAUCUGUCAGAAGUAUGUCAAGGGCACAUGCAGCUCUGGGGUGGAAUGCUCCAGGUCACAUGACUUCUUCGAGCCCCACCCACUGAAGACCCUUCAGGGGAGAGGAAUACCCCCUCACCUCAUCGCUUCCAUGCUGUCUGUCUACCAGAACAUACAAGCCUUGAAAAUUGCUAAUAAUCCAAAAAUGGGUCAUGACCCCAAUCCAGACAAAAUGGACAUUUGCAUCUACUCUGUCAAAGGCAGCUGCAGAUAUGGAGACAAGUGCAGAAGAGUUCAUUUCAACAUGCCGUACAAAUGGGAAGUAAAGACCCCUCAAGGCUGGUCUACUCUGUUGGACAACGAGGAGGUUGAGAAAGAUUUCUGUAACCCAUGCAAAACAUACAGUCGGGGGAUUGAGCCUGUGUGUUUUGACACAAUGACGCGAGGACUAUCCAAAGUAAGGCGUCUGUCUACUGUGUCCUCUGUGCUACAACCCACCUUCUUUCUUACUACCGAAUGGGCCUGGUACUGGCAGGACGAGUAUGGGAACUGGGUCCAGUAUGCAUCGUCGAAUCGGGGGUACAACCCUGCAUCAAUCACUAGUGAAGUCAUAGAACAGGAAUAUCUGAAGGACAGCUCUACUGUUAUGGAGUUUACUGCAGGCUCACAGUCAUAUCAACUUAAUUUCCAAGACAUGAUCCAGACAAACAAACGAUAUGGCACCAAAAAACUGGUCCAAAGACGACCCGUUUUUAUGUCUUCUACGGAUGUACAGAAAAUCAAAACAAGCAAAAAAACAGUGUACAGGCAACCCAAUUCCAAAGCCUUACCAGCACACUGGGAUAAGUCCCAGGUCACAGACACAGGAUACAAGAAAGUCACUCUGCUCCCUUCCUCGAGUGAGUACAAGGAAAUCCUGGCUCUCUUCAGGACAACCAUGUUGGGCUUCAGUGUACGCCAUAUUGAAAGGAUUCAGAACAAGGCCUUAUGGGAAGUUUUCCAGUGGCAGAAAGAACUGAUGAGAAAAAACAAUGGUGGAAGAGAUUGUGAGAAACUCCUUUUCCAUGGAACUGACUCCAAACACGUGGAUGCCAUCUGCCAGCAGAACUUUGACUGGAGGAUCUGUGGAACACACGGGACGGCCUACGGCAAAGGUAGCUACUUUGCCCGGGAUGCAAAAUAUUCACAUGGCUACACCAAGUCCUCAGGAAUCAGGACGAUGUUUGUGUGCCGCGUGCUGGUGGGGGAGUACACCGAGGGGGACUCCAGCUACCUCCGGCCGCCAUCGAAAGACGGCGGUGACGUCCAUUUCUACGACAGUUGCGUGGAUGACAUCAACGAUCCCUCCAUCUAUGUGGUGUUUGAGAAAUACCAGGUGUACCCCGAAUACCUCAUCCAGUACUAUGAGGACAUGUUGUGUCAUCCGCAUGGUGCCUAUAACAACUACUCAAACGUACCACUGAGGCCAAGAGCGGCUCCCCAGCCAGCCCCCAAUGCAGCCCCUUCUCCUUCAUACUCAAACAUAAACUCAAGUGCCAGUACAAGCACCUCUGAUUCAAACAGCUCCUGUGUCAUCAGUUGAUUCUUCUUAACUUUGUGCAGACUUACUAAAAUCAAUUGGCAAUGAGGGUUUAAGCUGUAUGUGUAACAGAAAAGCUGGAUCUAAACAAUUCACUACUGGAAAUCCUGUAAUCGGUUUGGUAGUAUUUUAAGAUACGUAUCAUAUGUUGUGAUUUUCAAAAAUCUGUGCAUCCCAGAUGCUAGGUGUUUAGUAAACAUGCGCCAAAGAGAAAAACUGAACUGCUGUUAUAACUGCUGGGAUUUAUUAUUCUUAAAGUAUGUUUCUUUAAAAAAAAUAUUUUGGCUUGCAGGCAAAAUAACACGUCACAAUGGAAUUAUGUCCAUUUUCACCAAAACUGUGCCUUUAGAAUAUGCUACGAAUACUUUUUAGAAUAGGAUUUGUUUUCUGGUAUUUUUUCCAUGUUAAUAUGGUUUAGGAAAUACAAUGUCAUAUUUCUGAAAUGGAAGGAGACCUUAAUCAUUUCAGCACUGAUAAAUGGCUUGACUGUGUCUGUGAUAAUUAACCAAAAUGUCUGUUUGACUAUGGUGCACAUAAAUUUAUAUGUGAGGAUCAUGCAUUGCAGGUUCUACCAGUUUACCAAAGAAUGGGUUUACAGUAAUAAUUGCUGUUUUAACAUGAAAUGGUUUAUGUCUGUGAAUGGAGGGGCACGGGUUCGAAUCCUGUGGCCGAGAGAGUUAUCACUGUGGGGCCCCAGAAUGAGGCCCCGAGCCCCUAGUGCUCCAGAGACAGGCUGACCCUGUUUCCGCAAUAGAACGUCACUUUGAAUAAAAACGACUGAUAAAUAAAUUGAUGUAAGUGUAAUAGAAAUUGACCUUCAUCAAGAGAUUUGGGUGAAGCUAAGUUUACAGUUGUUGUUAUCUAGAGAUGAUGCAAAACAUCUUUUGAUUUUUUUCCUGAAGAUAUGAUUUGGAUUUAUUAUGGAAUAUCUGAAGGAAGUUAAGGUAAAAUAUACAUUCAUACUUAUCAAUUUGCAUGAACGUUUAUGUAAUUCAGGGCAGUGCGAUGAUGAGGCUGUUCUGAACUGUGUUGUACAUAUUUUGUUUAUUUCUUCAGUGCUUUCAGAUUUCUUUGAUGGAAAAUUUGACUGUGGUGAGUAAGAAUUGAAUAUGCAUUUUUCUUUGCUGGGAACUCCUAAAAUAAUCAACCUAUACGACUGGAGGAUAUUGCACUCCUGAGGAUAUCUUGAGCUAGGAUUAAUUGAAAUGCAGAUUUACUGUAAAACAAGCCCAACAUGUUCACCUUCAACACUGUUUUUAAGAAAGAGAGAGACGCUACCAGUGUCCUGCCAGACACAAGCCAUCAAAUCCUGCAUGGUUCAGUGAAGCAGUCAUUAAAGGCUAAAAGUGAGUUGUUUAUAUUCUGGAAGGAAAUUUGUUCUGUUUAUCAAAUCAACUGUCUUGGUAGUUGGUUGUUUAAAAAUAUGGUUACAUAUUUUUCCUAAAGGAUACAAUAUUUUCCUUAUUAGCGUUGAUUGUGUUUACUGUAGGAUAAAUAAAGCAUAUAACCUAAA